AUGGCGCCAUCUAAUUUUUUAGUCAAUGAUCACUUAAGAAGGUUCAGUAGGUACAACUACAGCGAAGAGCUGUACGCCCUAGUUACGAUUCCUGAAGGUGCCGACCAUAGCAGCGAAACAGGCAAAUUUGCAACGGUGAGACGUGCCACACAUCGUGCCACUGGUAUUCAAUAUGCUGCCAAAUUCAUAAGAAGACGGCGCCGGGCGGCUGAACAAAACCGCGAAAUCCAACACGAGAUAGCAGUUCUUUUGAAAUGUGCAGGGAGUGGUCGAGUCGUCAAGUUGCAUGAAGUGUUUGAAGCAGGACUCGACGUGGUCCUGGUGCUGGAGUUGGCUGCUGGCGGCGAACUACAGCGUGUGCUUGAGGGCGAUGAAUGUCUAAACGAACCUGAAGCUAAACGCGCUAUGCGGCAGAUUCUUGACGGUCUUUCUUUCUUGCAUGAACGCCGAAUAGUACAUCUUGAUCUCAAGCCGCAGAAUUUAUUAUUAGCACAUGAAGGAAGCUGCGAAGAUGUCAAAUUAUGCGAUUUUGGCAUUUCAAGAGUAUUAGAACCCGGAGUUGAAGUGCGCGAAUUAAUUGGCACACCAGAUUACGUUGCACCAGAAGUUUUAAGUUAUGAACCUAUAAGUCUAGCGACAGAUAUAUGGUCAGUGGGUGUUCUCACAUACGUUCUUCUAACAGGCUACUCUCCGUUCGGCUCAGCAGAUAAACAACAAACCUACCUCAAUAUUUCAAAAUGUGCACUUUCGUUCGAUCCUGAUUUGUUUGAAGAUGUCUCCUCCAUAGCAAUUGAUUUCAUUACGUCUGCUCUUGUGGUCGAUCCCAGAAAACGACCGAGCGUUAGAGAUUUAUUGGAACAUCCAUGGAUAUCAUCAAAAGUUAACAUUCUUCCGGCCCUGGAAUUUAGCACUACAGCAGAAAUUAUAAAUGCAAAUGAACCUACGUCCAACAAUUCUAUACAUCACCAAAGAAAAUCAUCUACAACGAAUACAUCAUGCGUUUCACAUCACGGCACGCCUAAGCCACAGAGAAAGGCUUUUUCUUCUGCGGAGUCAAUGAAUGGGAACAGUUUUGGUGAUUCCCCAGUCCAUACUCAUGAGGAAUGUAGUUAUUCAUUUCGUGAUGAGGAACAGACAAUAGUCUUUUGUGAACACGAAAGCAUGAUGUGCAAGUGAUGGACUAAGUUAUAUUUUACAAAUUAUUAUUUAUUAUUUACGAUAAUUUUGUAUAUUAAUUGUUAGAAUAAUAAACUAGAUUUAGAAGU